AUGCCGCGGUCCCGCUGCCCGCGCCCGGCGCUGCCGAUCCUGCGCUGGCUCCCGCGCUAUUCCCGGGCGUGGCUGCCGCUGGACCUGCUGGCCGGGCUGGCCGUGGGACUGACCACCGUGCCGCAGGCGCUGGCCUACGCCGAGCUGGCCGGGCUACCGCUGCAGUACGGCCUCUAUUCCUCCUUCAUGGGCUGCUUCGUCUACUGCAUCCUGGGCACGGCCAAGGACGUGACUCUGGGUCCCACGGCCAUCAUGUCCCUGCUGGUGUCCUCAUACGCCUCCCACGAGCCCGUCCAUGCCGUUCUCCUCGCCUUCCUGUCUGGCUGCAUCCAGCUGGCCAUGGGGCUCCUGCACCUCGGAUUCAUUCUGGAUUUCAUUUCCUUCCCUGUCAUUAAAGGGUUCACAUCAGCUGCCUCCAUCACCAUUAGCUUCAACCAGAUCAAGAACAUCCUGGGGCUGCAGGGGAUCCCGAGGCAGUUCUUCCUGCAGGUCUAUGAGACGCUGCGCAGGAUCGGGGAGACCAGGGCUGGGGACGCUGUGCUGGGGCUGACCUGCCUGGCUGCGCUGGCAGGGCUCCGGGCCAUGAAGAGCCACGUGCCCCGAGCUGGCCCUGCAGAAGCACUGGCUGUCAGGAUCAGCCACCUCAUUGUCUGGAUCUCUGGCACAGCACGCAAUGCUCUGGUUGUGCUGUUUGCUGGCCUGGUGGCUUACUCCUUCCAGGUGAUGGGCUCGCAGCCCUUCAGGCUCACGGGCAGCAUCCCCCAGGGCCUGCCAGCGUUCCGGCCACCGCGCUUCUCCCUGGCAGCGCCCAACGGCACCGUCCCCUUCCAGAGCCUGGUGCAGGACAUGGGUGUGGGGCUGGCCGUGGUGCCGCUCAUGGGCCUGCUGGAGACCAUCGCCAUCGCCAAGGCUUUUGCCUCGCAGAAUGGUUACAGGAUUGACCCCAACCAGGAGCUGCUGGCUCUGGGUGUUGCCAAUGUCCUGGGCUCCUUCGUGUCCUCGUAUCCCAUCACGGGCAGCUUUGGCCGGACGGCCGUGAAUGCUCAGUCAGGGGUCUGCACCCCCGCAGGAGGGCUCGUCACAGGUACAGUGUCGGAGGGGGCCGUGCUGCUGGUGCAGCCGGGGAGCAGCCUGCACUUCCCAGCCGUGGAGCACCUGCGGGACUGCGUGUGCAGCCGUGCCCUGCCAGCAUCUCCACCACGCUCCGUCAUCCUGGACUGUUGCCACGUCAGCAGCAUCGAUUACACGGCGGUGCUGGGGCUGGCAGAGCUGCUGCAGGAGCUGCGCAGGCACGGGCUCUCGCUCGCCUUCUGUGGCCUGAAGGACCCCGUGCUCCGAGUCCUUCUGUCCGCAGACUUGGAAGGAUUCCAGCAUUUCCCCAGCCGGGAGGAGGCAGGUGAGGCUCUGGGCUGCUCUGCCAGGACGGGAUGAGUGUGGCUCUGCAGGGGCU